UCAGGGAGGCAUUUUAGUAAUCGCUACGGCGUUAAAAUGUGUAAAGUCCGAAUGCUGAGGACGUUGGUGAAGCGGCGACUGAACGUGGCCGUCGAGGAGAUAUGUGAACUGCUCGAGAGGACGAUCGCGGAGUACGAGGAGGAACUUUGUCGAAGCAAAGAGGAGAACGAGCGACAACGCGAACUAUUGGACGCUGUUCUCAAGCCUCAGAUUGGGCUACGCGGGGCAGACAUCCAGCAGGUGUUGGCGGAGAGUCAAGAUGAGUUUCCUUCUGACCACGAGCGGCAAGAGUGGGGCGCCAAUGUGCACGUUAAAGAAGAAGAGGUGGAGGAGGUCAUGUGGGGCGGACAGGACGUCGCCGCCGUCACAUCGAUUGGCGUCCCUGUGACGAGUGAAGGGGACCGAGCUCCAGCCUCACAGCUUCGACACAGUGAGGAGACCAGAGGCGGCGGCUCAAGUCAACACCGUGGUGGAUCCCGACCGGAGAAGUUUGCUACACUAUCAGCUACGGGCGACAGGAUGUCACAUUCUUCUGACGACGACACCAGAAAGACUAAUAAGAGCUCACACGGCGAUGCCAGUCCGUUUAUCUGCUCUGACUGCGGGAAGACAUUCGUCCAGAAGUUCACUUUGAACAGACACAUGAGGAUACACACGGGAGAAAAACCUUUCGGCUGCACGGUUUGCGCUCGGAGCUUCUCGAGGAAGUCGGAAAUGACCGCGCACGUGUUGUCGCACACGGGUGAGAAACCUUUCAAGUGCGCCGUGUGCGCCAAAACGUUCUCGGUGAAGAAAUACAUGACGGCACACAUGAGGACGCACUCCGGAGAGAAACCUUUCACCUGCUCGGUUUGUGCGAAAGGUUUCUCCACGAAAGCGCAUUUGAAGAUACACACCAGGACGCACACCGGAGACAAACCUUUCAGCUGCGAAGUCUGCCACAGAAACUUCACGAGGAAAACCGAGAUGAUGACUCACAUGGCCACGCACACGGGCGAGAAGCCUUUCGACUGUUCCGUUUGCGCCAAACGUUUCUCGGCCAAGAAAUAUCUGAUGAUGCACAUGAAAAGACACACGGCGGGGAAACCUUUUACUUGUCCUGUGUGCGCUAAAAACUUCUCCAGCAAAGCUUAUGUCAUGAUACACAUGAGGACGCACACCGGGGAGAGACUGUUCGGCUGCGACGCGUGCGAUCAAACGUUCACGUUUAAAAGCCAGCUCGACAACCACGUGUGUACUGGGCACAAAAAUAGCAAUAACGACAGUUUGGGACUUUGA